CCCACAGCUGACCCGGGUCUGGUAUUCAUCCAGAACAUGUGAAAGUGACCUUGGCCCCCAACACACCCUGCACUCGCCCAUCGCACGAGGCCAGCUGCUCUCCGGGGCCUUCCUUAGGCUGGGGAGCCAUCUGGCACCUGGGUCUCCGUCCAUCUCAGCAGGUGGCUGCGGUGUGAUUGGUCAGGAUGACAGUGGCGCCGGACGUCAGGAUGGAGUACCUGGAGGAGGUGGCCAGCAUGGUGCUGAGGUUUAAGCCGGACAAGUGGAGCAAGCUGGUGGGCGCGGAGGAGAACAUGGCCCUGUUCACAGAGUUCCUGGAGAAGGCCGACGUGCGGGUCCUUGUGCUCACCCUCAACCCGGCCGGCUUCAUUGUGCCCUGUCUGGGCUUCCCCGAAUCCCUCAAGUCCAAGGGCGUCUACUUCAUCAAGACAGAGCCCGAGAGCGUCACCAAGACCAACUACAAGACGCACCUGCUGUACGGGGACCUCAGCCCCACGCCCGUGGAGCAGCUGAUGGCCAUCGUGGAGGAGGUCCUCUACUCCCUGCUGAACCAGCGUGAGAACAUGGACGGGUGGCCCCAGGUGGUCACGGAGGACAUAGUGAAACAAGCACACAAGCUCAAGAAUGAGAUGUUUGUAAUGGGGGGCAAGAUCAAAGGCAGGACACUGCUGCCCAUCCCGGAGCACCUGGGCAGCCUGGACGGCACGCUGGAGUCCAUGGAGAGGAUCCCUGCCUCUCUGGACAACUCACUGUUACACGCCAUUGAGACCAUCAUCAUCGACUGGUCCCACCAGAUCCGGGACGUGUUGAGCAAAGACUCAGCCCAAGCCCUGCUGGACGGGCUGCACCCACUACCCCGGGUGGAGUUCGAGUUCUGGGAGGCCCGGCUGAUGAACCUCAAAUGCAUCGAUGAGCAGCUGAACCGGCCCAAAGUGAACAAGAUGGUUGAGGUUCUGGAGAAAGCCAAGAGCUGCUACUGGCCAGCCCUGCAGAAUGUCUACAGGAACGUGAGCGAGGGCCUGAAGGAAGCCGAUGACAUAGUCCUGCACCUGCGGCCCCUGCAGAUCCUGCUGGAGGAGAUGGAACAGGCUGACUUCACGGCUCUGCCAACCUUCAUCGCCAAGGUGCUGGACACAAUCGCCUUCGUCUGGGCUACGUCCAAGCACUACAACACGCCCUCUCGAAUCAUCGUCAUCCUGCAGGAGUUCAGUAACCAGCUCAUCGAGAUGACGCGGAGCUACCUGGGCCCGGAGGAGGUGCUGAAGGGCUUGCAGGGGGAAAUCGAAGAGGUAUUGAACGGCAUCUCGCUGUCGGUGAAUGUGCUGCGGGAGCUGUACCGCGCCUACGACUUCUGCUGCAACAACAUGCAGCGUUUCUUCAAGGACAGGCAGCCUGUGCUCUGGGAGUUCCCCUCCUCUCUGGCGUUUUCCAGGAUGAACGCCUUCUUCCGCCGCAUCCAGACCAUUGAGGACCUUUACAAGACGGCCAUCGAGUUCCUCAAGCUGGAGAAGAUCGAGCUGGGAGGCGUGCGGGGCAACACCCUGGGGAACCUGGUGGCCCAGAUCUAUGAGGAGGUGUUUGAGUUGGUGCGGGUGUUUGCUGACUGCAAGUACGAUCCGCUGGACCCGGGGGACGCGAGUUUUGACAACGAUUACGCCGACUUUGAGACCAAGAUUCAGGAUCUGGACCGCAGACUGGCGACCAUCUUCUGCCAGGCGCUGGGCGACUGCAAUUGCAUGGAGACCUCCGCAAAGCUCCUGUACAUGUGCGGGAGCCUCCUGGAGCGGCCGCUGAUCCUGGCCCAAGUGGUGCCUCGAUACUCGGUGAUGCUACAGCUGCUGGACACCGAGCUGGACAAUGCCAAGCUCCUGUACGACGCCCAGAUGGCGGCCUCCGCAGACGGCAGCAUCCCCCCGAUCCACAAGAACCUGCCGCCCGUGGCUGGACAGCUCAAGUGGAGCCUGGAGCUGCAGGAGCGGCUGGAGGCAUCCAUGAAAUACAUCAAGCACAUUGAGCACCCGGUCACGUCCAGCGAAGAGGCCCAGCUCACCUACCGCAAGUACGACGAGAUGGUGGAGUUGCUCAGGGGCUGCCGACACAAGGUCUACCAGCAGUGGGUGGGCACCGUGGACCAGGACUGCCACUUCAACCUGCGGCAGCCGCUGAUCCAGCGCGACCCUGACACCGGCCUCAUCCAGGUCAACUUCAGCAAAGCGCUGGUGGCCGUCCUGAGAGAGGUGAAGUAUCUAAACUUCCAGCAGCAGAAGGCAAUUCCAAGCAACGCCGAGAGCCUCUUCUCCGAAAACGAGACCUUCCGCAAGUUUGUGGGCAACCUGGAGCUCAUCGUGGGCUGGUACAACGAGAUCAAGACGACCAUGAUGGAGGUGGAGUUUCCACUGAUAAAGGCAGAGCUGGAAGCGAUAGAUGUGAAGUUGCUGAGUGCUGAGACAACGCUGUUUUGGAAUAGCACAGACGUAUUCCAGUAUAUUCAGGAGAUGCGGGAAAUCCUGUGCAACCUGCAGAACCGCAUCCAGAAAGCCAAGCAGAACGUGGAGGGCAUCAGCCAGGUCAUGAAGGACUGGUCGUCCAACCCCCUAUUUGAGAGAAAGGAUGGCAAGAAGGAGGCCCUGCUGGACCUGGAUGGGAGGAUGGCCGACCUCAACAAGCGCUACACGGCCGUCAAGGAGGCCGGCGUCAAGGUCCAGGGCAUGCUGGCGGAGAACGCGGAGCUGUUCAAGGCGGACGUGACCAGCCUGCCCUGGAAGGAUUACAUCAGCUACGUCGACAACCUGGUAUUGGACGAGUUCAAAACCUUCAUCCGCAAGUCCCUGACCUACCUGACAGACAACAUGGUGAUGGACGAGAACGUGGCGCCCCUGCUGGAGAUCCGCAUGGAGCUGGAGGACGCAGGGCUGACCUUCAACCCGUCCCUGGAGAUGGGCGCCGAGCACGGCUUCCUGGCACUCAUUGAAGGGCUCGUCAAUGACAUCUACAACGUGGCCAGGCUCAUCCCCCGGCUGGCCAAGGGCAAACUCAACUACAAGACAGACCUGGAGGAUAUCACGGACCUCAUCGAGAUGAGGGAGGAGCUGUCCACGUUGGUCAUCAACGCCAUGAAGGAGGCCGAGGAGUACCAGGAGUCCAUCGAAAGGUUCUCCUACCUCUGGACCGACGACCCCCAGGAGUUCAUGCGCAACUUCCUCUUCUUCGGCCACGUGCCCACCCAGGAGGAGCUGGACACGCGCACGGACGACAUGGUGCCCAAGGCCCAGCCCACCCUCGCUCAGUUCCAGCAGCAGAUCGACUCCUAUGAGAAGCUCUACGAGGAGGUGGCCAAGUGCGAGAACAGCAGGGUGUUCCACGGCUGGCUGCAGUGCGACUGCCGGCCCUUCAAGCAGGCCCUGCUCAACACCAUCAAGCGCUGGAGCCUCAUGUUCAAGAGGCACCUGAGCAACCAUGUGGUCAACAGCCUCGCCGACCUGGAGGCCUUCAUGAAGGUGGCCAGGACGGGCUUGACGAAGCCGCUCAAGGAGGGAGACUACGACGGGCUCGUGGAGGUGAUGGGUCACUUGAUGAAGGUCAAGGAGAGGCAGGUGGCCACCGACAACCUGUUUGAGCCCCUGAAGCAGACGAUCGAGCUGCUCAAGAGCUACGGGGAGGAGCUGCCGGAGGAGAUCCACCUCAAGCUGCAGGAGCUGCCCGAGCAGUGGACCAACACCAAGAAGCUGGCCAUACAGGUGAAGCAGAACGUGGCACCCUUGCAGGCCAACGAGGUCAGCAUCCUGCGACGCAGGUGCCAGCAAUUCGAGCUCAAGCAGCACGAGUUCAGGGAGAAGUUCCGGCGAGAGGCCCCAUUCUCCUUCAGCGACCCUGAGCCCUACAAGUCCCUGAAUAAGCAACAGAAGAGCAUCGCGGCCAUGGAGGCCCUCAUGGAGUCACUGUGCAAGUCGGGCAGCCUGUUUGAGGUGACCGUCCCCGAUUACAAGCAACUCAAGGCGUGCCACCGGGAGGUGCGGCUGCUAAAGGAACUCUGGGACAUGAUCUUCACGGUGAACACCAGCAUCGACGACUGGAAGACCACCAAAUGGAAGGACAUCAACGUGGAGCAGAUGGACAUCGACUGCAAGAAGUUCGCCAAGGACGUGCGGUCCCUGGACAAGGAGAUGAAGACCUGGGACGCCUUCGUGGGGCUGGACAACACGGUCAAGAACACCAUCACCUCGCUGCGAGCCGUGAGCGAACUCCAGAACCCCGCCAUCCGCGACCGCCACUGGCAGCAGCUCAUGCAGGCCACGCAGGUGAAGUUUGAAAUGUCGGACAAGACCACGCUGGCCGACCUGCUGCAGCUGAACCUGCACAAAUACGAGGACGAGGUUCGCAACAUCGUGGACAAGGCCGUGAAGGAGUCGGGGACGGAGAAGGUCCUGAAGACCCUGGACAGCACCUGGACCACCAUGGAGUUCGAGCACGAACCGCACCCCCGCACGGGCACCGUGAUGCUCAAGGCGGACGAGGCGCUGGUGGAGACGCUGGAGGACAACCAGGUGCAGCUGCAGAACCUCAUGAUGUCCAAGUACCUGUCACACUUCCUGAAGGAGGUGACGAGCUGGCAGCAGAAGCUCUCCACGGCCGACUCGGUCAUCUCCAUCUGGUUCGAGGUCCAGAGGACCUGGAGCCACCUGGAGAGCAUCUUCAUCGGCUCCGAGGACAUCCGCAAGCAGCUGCCCGAGGACUCGCGGCGUUUUGACGACAUUGACCUCGAGUUCAAGGCGCUGAUGGCAGACGCCGUGAAAACGCCCAACGUGGUGGAAGCCACCAACAAGCCAGGCCUCUACGACAAACUCGAGGUCCUGAAGAAGAGCCUGGCCAUGUGCGAGAAGGCGCUGGCGGAAUACCUGGAGACGAAAAGGCUGGCCUUCCCAAGAUUCUAUUUCGUGUCCUCGGCCGACCUGCUGGACAUCCUGUCCAAUGGCAAUGACCCCGUGGAGGUGAGCCGCCACCUGUCCAAGCUCUUUGAUAGCCUGUGCAAGCUCAAGUUCCAGCUGGACGCCAACGAGAAGCCGCUCAAGGUCGGCCUGGGCAUGUACAGCAAGGAGGACGAGUACGUGGACUUCGACCAGGACUGCGACCUCUCGGGGCAGGUGGAAGUCUGGCUGAACCGCGUGCUGGACCGCAUGUGCGCCACGCUGCGCCACGAGAUCCCGGAGGCCGUGGUGACCUACGAGGAGAAGCCCAGGGAACAGUGGAUCUUCGAUUACCCAGCGCAGGUGGCACUGACAUGCACUCAGAUCUGGUGGACCACCGAGGUGGGCAUGGCGUUCGCGCGGCUGGAGGAAGGUUACGAGAACGCCAUCAAGGACUACAACAAGAAGCAGAUCAGUCAGCUGAACGCGCUCAUCACGCUGCUCAUCGGGAACCUCAGCCCUGGCGACCGGAUGAAGAUCAUGACCAUCUGCACCAUCGACGUGCACGCCCGGGACGUGGUGGCCAAGAUGAUAACCGCCAAGGUGGAGAGCUCUCAGGCCUUCACCUGGCAGUCCCAGCUGCGGCACCGCUGGGACGACGAGAAGCAGCACUGCUUUGCCAACAUCUGCGACGCCCAAAUCCAGUACUCGUAUGAGUACCUGGGCAACACUCCGCGGCUGGUCAUCACCCCACUCACGGACAGGUGCUACAUCACGCUGACCCAGUCCCUCCACCUGAUCAUGGGGGGCGCUCCUGCGGGCCCCGCGGGCACGGGCAAGACGGAGACAACCAAGGACCUGGGCCGGGCACUGGGCACCAUGGUGUAUGUCUUCAACUGCUCAGAGCAAAUGGACUACAAGUCCUGCGGGAACAUCUACAAGGGCUUGGCCCAGACCGGCGCCUGGGGCUGCUUCGACGAGUUCAACCGCAUCUCUGUGGAAGUCCUGUCUGUGAUCGCUGUACAGGUGAAGUGCGUGCAGGACGCCAUCCGGGCCAGGAAGAAGACGUUCAACUUCCUGGGGGAGGUGAUCAGCCUCAUCCCCACCGUCGGCAUCUUCAUCACCAUGAACCCCGGCUACGCCGGCCGCACCGAGCUGCCCGAGAACUUGAAGGCCUUGUUCAGGCCCUGCGCCAUGGUCGUUCCUGACUUCGAGCUGAUUUGUGAAAUCAUGCUGGUGGCCGAGGGCUUCCUGGAAGCUCGGCUGCUGGCCCGGAAGUUCAUCACGCUCUACACCCUGUGCAAGGAGCUGCUCUCGAAGCAGGACCACUACGACUGGGGCCUGCGCGCCAUCAAGUCGGUGCUGGUGGUCGCCGGCUCCCUGAAGAGAGGCGACCCAACCCGCGCCGAGGACCAGGUGCUCAUGCGGGCACUGAGAGACUUCAACAUCCCCAAGAUUGUGACCGACGACCUGCCCGUGUUCAUGGGGCUCAUCGGGGACCUCUUCCCGGCCCUAGACGUGCCCCGGAAGCGGGACCCCAACUUUGAGAAGGUCAUCAAGCAGAGCAUCCUGGAGCUGCGGCUGCAGGCCGAGGACAGCUUCGUGCUCAAGGUGGUGCAGCUGGAGGAACUGCUGCAGGUGCGACAUUCCGUAUUUGUCAUCGGCAACGCGGGCAGUGGCAAGUCCCAGGUCCUCAGGUCCCUCAACAAGACCUACCAGAACCUGAAGCGGAAGCCAGUGGCCAUAGACCUGGACCCCAAGGCCGUCACCUGUGACGAGCUCUUCGGGAUCAUCAACCCGGCCACCCGGGAGUGGAAGGACGGCCUGUUCUCCACCAUCAUGCGAGACCUGGCCAAUAUCACACACGACGGCCCCAAGUGGAUCGUGCUGGACGGAGACAUAGACCCCAUGUGGAUCGAGUCGCUCAAUACCGUCAUGGACGACAACAAGGUCCUCACCCUGGCCAGCAACGAGCGAAUCCCCUUGAACCGCACGAUGAGGCUGGUGUUUGAGAUCAGUCACCUGAGGACCGCCACCCCGGCCACCGUGUCCAGGGCCGGCAUCCUCUACAUCAACCCAGCCGACCUGGGCUGGAACCCGGUGGUGAGCAGCUGGAUCGAACGGCGCAAGGUGCAGUCGGAAAAGGCCAACCUCAUGAUCCUCUUCGACAAGUACCUGCCCACGUGCCUGGACAAGCUGCGUUUCGGCUUCAAGAGGAUCACGCCGGUGCCCGAGGUCACCAUCAUCCAGACCAUCCUGUACCUGCUGGAGUGCCUGCUGACCGAGCGCACGGCGCCGCCCGACUCCCCCAAGGAGCUCUAUGAACUGUACUUCGUGUUCGCCUGCCUCUGGGCCUUCGGCGGCGCCAUGUUCCAGGACCAGCUGGUGGACUACCGCGUGGAGUUCAGCAGGUGGUGGGUCAAUGAGUUCAAGACCAUCAAGUUCCCCUCCCAGGGCACCAUCUUCGACUACUACAUCGACCCCGACACCAAGAAGUUCCUGCCCUGGACGGACAAAGUGCCCGCCUUCGAGCUGGACCCCGACGUGCCCCUGCAGGCCUCGCUGGUGCACACCAUGGAGACGGCACGCAUCCGCUACUUCAUGGACCUGCUCAUGGAGAAGUCGUGGCCCGUGAUGCUGGUGGGCAACGCGGGCACAGGCAAGUCGGUGCUGAUGAGCGACAAGCUGGACAGCCUGAGCACUGAUGACUACCUGGUCCAAGCCGUGCCCUUCAACUUCUAUACCACCUCGGCCAUGCUGCAGGCGGUGCUGGAGAAGCCGCUGGAGAAGAAAUCGGGGCGGAACUACGGGCCCCCAGGCACCAAGAAGCUCAUCUACUUCAUCGACGACAUGAACAUGCCCGAAGUGGACAAGUACGGCACGGUGGCCCCGCACACCCUCAUCCGGCAGCACAUGGACCAUGGGCACUGGUACGACAGGCAGAAGCUGACGCUGAAGGACGUUCACAACUGUCAGUACGUGGCCUGCAUGAACCCCACCUCGGGGUCGUUCACCAUCGACCCCAGGCUGCAGCGACACUUCUGCGUGUUCGCUGUGAGCUUCCCCGGCCAGGAGGCCCUGACGGCCAUCUACAGCACCAUCCUGGCACAGCACCUCGCCUUCCGCUCCGUCCCCCUGGUGGUCCAGAGGAUGGGCAACCAGCUAGUGGCAGCAGCGCUGGCCCUGCACCAGAAGGUCACGGCCACGUUCCUUCCCACCGCCAUCAAGUUCCACUACGUCUUCAACCUCCGGGACCUCUCCAACAUCUUCCAGGGCCUGCUGUUCUCCACAGCGGAAGUCCUCAAGAUGCCGCUGGACCUCGUCCGCCUGUGGCUGCACGAGGCGGAGCGCGUCUAUGGCGACAAGAUGGUGGACGAGAAAGACCAGGACACGCUGCGCAGGGUCACCAUGGCUUCCACGAAGAAGUUCUUUGAUGAGCUGGGCGAUGAACACCUCUUUGCCAAGCCCAACAUUUUCUGCCACUUCGCCCAAGGGAUCGGCGAGUCCAAGUACUUGCCCGUGACAGACGUGGUGUACCUGAACAAGCUGCUGGCGGACGUCCUGGACAGCUACAACGAGGUCAACGCCGUCAUGAACCUGGUGCUGUUUGAGGACGCAGUGGCUCACAUCUGCCGGAUCAACCGCAUCCUGGAGUCGCCCCGCGGGAACGCCCUGCUGGUGGGCGUGGGGGGCAGCGGCAAGCAGAGCCUGUCGCGCCUGGCGGCCUUCAUCAGCGCCCUGGAUGUAUUCCAGAUCACGCUCAAGAAGGGCUAUGGGAUCCCCGACCUCAAGGUGGACCUGGCGGCCCAGUACAUCAAGUCGGCCGUGAAAAACGUGCCCUCCGUGUUCCUGAUGACCGACUCGCAGGUGUCGGAGGAGCAGUUCCUGGUGCUGAUCAACGAUCUGCUGGCCUCGGGCGAGAUCCCGGGGCUCUUCACGGACGACGAGGUGGAGACCGUCAUCUCCUCCAUGCGGCCGCAGGUGAAGGCCCUGGGCAUGGCCGACACCCGGGAGGCCUGCUGGAAGUUCUUCAUCGAGAAAGUGCGCAGGCAGCUCAAGGUGAUCCUCUGCUUCUCCCCCGUGGGCUCUGUCCUGCGUGUGCGAGCAAGGAAGUUCCCCGCCGUGGUCAACUGCACAGCCAUCGACUGGUUCCACGAGUGGCCCGAAGACGCCCUGGUGUCUGUCAGCGCCCGCUUCCUGGAGGAGACCCAGGGGAUCCAGCCCGAAGUGAAGGCGUCCAUCAGCCAGUUCAUGUCCUACGUGCACACCACGGUCAACGAGAUGUCCAAGGUCUAUCUGGCCACCGAGAGGCGCUACAACUACACCACCCCCAAGACCUUCCUGGAGCAGAUCAAGCUGUACCAGAGCCUGCUGGCCAGGAAGAGGCGGGAGCUUGUGGCCAAGAUCGAGCGGCUGGAGAACGGCCUCAUGAAGCUGCAGAGCACCGCCUCACAGGUGGACGACCUGAAGGCCAAGCUGGCCGUGCAGGAGACGGAGCUGAAGCAGAAGAACGAGAAUGCCGACAAGCUGAUCCAGGUGGUGGGCGUGGAGACGGAGAAGGUCAGCAAGGAGAAGGCCGUGGCCGACGAGGAGGAGGUCAAGGUCGAGGUCAUCAACAAGAAUGUCGCCGAGAAGCAGAAGGCCUGUGAGACGGACCUGGCCAAGGCCGAGCCGGCCCUGCUGGCAGCGCAGGAGGCCCUGGACACCCUGAACAAGAACAACCUGACGGAGCUCAAGUCCUUUGGGUCCCCGCCUGACGCCGUGGUCAACGUCACGGCUGCCGUGAUGAUCCUGACGGCGCCCGGAGGCAAAAUCCCCAAGGACAAGAGCUGGAAGGCGGCCAAGGUCAUGAUGGGCAAGGUGGACAGCUUCCUGGACUCGCUCAAGAAGUUCGACAAAGAACAUAUCCCGGAGGCCUGCCUCAAGGCCUUCAAGCCCUACCAAGGCAACCCGACCUUCGACCCCGAGUUCAUCCGCUCCAAGUCGACGGCCGCCGCAGGGCUGUGCUCCUGGUGCAUCAACAUCGUGCGCUUCUAUGAGGUUUACUGCGACGUGGCCCCCAAGAGGCAGGCGCUGGGGGAGGCCAACGCGGAGCUGGCCGAGGCCCAGGAGAAGCUGUCACGCAUCAAAAACAAGAUUGCGGAACUCAACGCCAAUCUCAACAACCUGACGUCGGCGUUUGAGAAAGCCACCGCCGAGAAGAUCAAGUGCCAGCAGGAGGCAGACGCCACCAACAGGGUGAUCUCGCUGGCCAACAGGCUGGUCGGGGGGCUGGCCUCAGAAAACGUGCGCUGGGCCGAGUCGGUGGAGAACUACAAGGGCCAGGGGGUGACCCUGUGCGGCGACGUCCUGCUCAUCUCGGCCUUCGUCUCCUACGUGGGCUACUUCACCAAGAAGUACCGCAACGAGCUGAUGGACAAGUUCUGGGUCCCUUACAUCAACAGCCUAAAGGUCCCCAUCCCCAUCACCAAAGGCCUGGACCCCUUGAGCCUGCUGACCGACGAUGCGGACGUGGCCACCUGGAACAACCAGGGCCUCCCGAGCGACCGCAUGUCCACGGAGAACGCCACCAUCCUGUGCAACACGGAGCGCUGGCCGCUCAUCGUGGACGCCCAGCUCCAGGGCAUCAAGUGGAUCAAAAACAAGUACGGCAGCGAGCUGAAGGCCAUCCGCCUGGGCCAGAAGAGCUACCUGGACAUCAUUGAGCAAGCCGUCUCGGAGGGUGACAUCUUGCUCAUCGAGAACAUCGGCGAGACCGUGGACCCCGUACUGGACCCUCUGCUGGGCAGGAACACCAUCAAGAAGGGGAAGUUCAUCAAGAUCGGCGACAAGGAAGUGGAGUAUCACCCCAAGUUCCGCCUGAUCCUGCACACCAAGUACUUCAACCCCCACUACAAGCCCGAGAUGCAGGCCCAGUGCACGCUCAUCAACUUCCUGGUCACCAGAGACGGCCUUGAGGACCAGCUCCUGGCUGCCGUGGUGGCCAAGGAGCGCCCGGACCUGGAGCAGCUCAAGGCCAACCUCACCAAGUCUCAGAAUGAGUUCAAGAUUGUCCUCAAAGAGCUGGAGGACUCGCUCCUGGCACGGCUGUCUGCUGCGUCCGGGAACUUCCUGGGGGACACGGCCUUGGUGGAGAACUUGGAGACCACCAAGCACACGGCCAGCGAGAUCGAGGAGAAGGUGCAAGAGGCUAAAAUCACGGAAACCAAGAUCAACGAGGCCAGAGAGAACUACAGGCCGGCGGCAGAGCGGGCUUCCCUGCUCUACUUCAUCCUCAACGACCUCAACAAGAUCAACCCCAUAUACCAGUUCUCGCUCAAGGCCUUCAACGUGGUGUUUGAGAAGGCCAUCCAGAAGACGGCGCCGGCCGACGAGGUGCGCCAGCGGGUCAGCAACCUGACGGAUGAGAUCACGUACUCGGUGUUCAUGUACACGGCCCGCGGCCUCUUCGAGCGGGACAAGCUCAUCUUCCUGGCACAGGUCACGUUCCAGGUCCUGUCCAUGAAGAAGGAGCUGAACCCCAUGGAGCUGGACUUCCUGCUCCGCUUCCCGUUCAAGGCCGGCGUCACCUCACCUGUGGACUUCCUGCAGCACCAGGGCUGGGGCGGGAUCAAGGCCCUGGCGGAAAUGGAUGAGUUCAAGAACCUGGACAACGACAUCGAGGGCUCCGCCAAGCGCUGGAAGAAGCUGGUGGAGUCAGAGGCCCCGGAGAAGGAGAUCUUCCCCAAGGAGUGGAAGAACAAGACGGCACUGCAGAAGCUGUGCAUGGUGCGCUGCAUGCGGCCAGACCGCAUGACCUACGCCGUCAAGAACUUCGUGGAGGAGAAAAUGGGCAGCAAGUUCGUCGAGGGCCGAAGCGUGGAGUUCUCCAAGUCCUAUGAGGAGAGCAGCCCUUCCACCCCCAUCUUCUUCAUCCUCUCCCCGGGCGUCGACCCCCUCAAAGACGUGGAGGCCCUGGGGAAGAAGCUGGGGUUUACCAUCGACAACGGGAAGCUGCACAAUGUGUCCCUGGGCCAGGGGCAGGAGGUGGUGGCCGAGAACGCCCUGGACGUGGCAGCUGAGAGUGGACACUGGGUCAUCCUGCAGAACAUCCACCUGGUGGCCCGCUGGCUCAGCACGCUGGACAAGAAGGUGGAGCGUUACAGCACGGGCAGCCACGAGGACUACCGCGUGUUCAUCAGCGCCGAGCCCGCGCCCAGCCCCGAGUCGCACAUCAUCCCCCAGGGCAUCCUGGAGAACGCCAUCAAGAUCACCAACGAGCCGCCCACGGGCAUGUACGCCAACCUGCACAAGGCCCUGGACCUCUUCACUCAGGACACCCUGGAGAUGUGCACCAAGGAGAUCGAGUUCAAGUGCAUCCUCUUUGCGCUCUGUUACUUCCACGCCGUGGUGGCCGAGAGGCGCAAGUUUGGCGCCCAGGGGUGGAACCGCUCAUACCCCUUCAAUAACGGGGACCUCACCAUCUCCAUCAACGUACUCUACAACUACCUGGAGGCCAACGCCAAGGUGCCGUGGGAUGACCUCCGCUACCUGUUCGGCGAGAUCAUGUACGGCGGCCACAUCACGGACGACUGGGACCGCCGGCUGUGCAGGACCUACCUGGCGGAGUACAUCCGGGCCGAGAUGCUGGAGGGCGAGGUCCUGCUGGCCCCCGGCUUCCAGAUCCCCCCCAACCUGGACUACAAGGGCUACCACGAGUACAUUGACGAGAACCUGCCCCCCGAGAGCCCCUACCUGUACGGCCUGCACCCCAACGCCGAGAUCGGCUUCCUGACCGUCACCUCGGAGAAGCUGUUCCGAACCGUCCUGGAGAUGCAGCCCAAAGAGAGUGACUCGGGAGCGGGCACGGGCGUGUCCCGCGAGGAAAAGGUGAAGGCCGUGUUGGACGACAUCCUAGAGAAGAUUCCGGAGACAUUCAACAUGGCCGAGAUCAUGGCCAAGGCCGCCGAGAAGACCCCCUACGUGGUGGUGGCCUUCCAGGAGUGUGAGAGGAUGAAUAUCCUGACCAAUGAGAUGCGGCGCUCACUCAAGGAGCUCAACCUGGGGCUGAAGGGAGAGCUGACCAUCACGACUGACAUGGAAGACCUGUCCACUGCACUGUUUUAUGACACUGUACCUGACACCUGGGUGGCCCGCGCCUACCCCUCCAUGAUGGGCCUGGCGGCCUGGUAUGCCGACCUGCUACUGCGCAUCAGGGAGCUCGAGGCCUGGACCACAGACUUCGCACUGCCCACCACUGUGUGGCUGGCCGGCUUCUUCAACCCACAGUCCUUCCUCACGGCCAUCAUGCAGUCCAUGGCCAGGAAGAACGAGUGGCCUCUGGACAAGAUGUGUCUGUCGGUGGAAGUGACCAAGAAGACUCGCGAGGACAUGACCGCGCCACCCCGCGAAGGCGCCUACGUGUACGGGCUCUUCAUGGAAGGAGCUCGCUGGGACGUCCAGACGGGAGUGAUUGCGGAAGCGCGACUGAAGGAGCUGACACCAGCCAUGCCCGUCAUCUUCAUCAAGGCCAUCCCUGUGGACCGCAUGGAGACCAAGAACAUGUACGAGUGCCCCGUGUACAAGACGCGCGUCCGCGGCCCCACCUACGUCUGGACCUUCAACCUCAAGACCAAGGAGAAGGCGGCCAAGUGGAUCCUGGCGGCCGUGGCGCUGCUGCUGCAGGUGUAGUGGGACCCGCUCCUGGGUGCAGAUUAAACAGCUGUGGUCC